CCUAAAACUGUUUCAUUUCCCUGCGCCUCCUCCCACACUCAUUCCACACACACGAAUCACCAAACCCUAACAACAAUGCCGCCCAAGUUGGACCCGACCGCGAUCGUCGACGUCUACGUCCGCGUAACCGGAGGAGAAGUCGGAGCCGCCAGCUCCCUCGCCCCCAAGAUCGGUCCCCUCGGUCUCGCCCCCAAGAAGAUCGGAGAAGACAUCGCCAAGGAGACGGCCAAAGAGUGGAAAGGCCUCCGCGUCACCGUCAAGCUAACGGUACAGAACCGUCAGGCCAAGGUCACGGUGGUCCCUUCCGCCGCGGCGCUCGUCAUCAAGGCCCUGAAGGAGCCAGAGAGGGACCGCAAGAAGGUGAAGAACAUCAAGCACAACGGGAACAUUUCGUUUGACGAUGUGAUCGAGAUCGCGAGGAUCAUGAGGCCGAGGUCUAUCGCCAAGGAGCUGAGCGGGACCGUGAGGGAGAUUCUCGGGACGUGUGUGUCUGUUGGGUGCACUGUUGAUGGGAAGGAUCCUAAGGAUCUUCAGCAGGAGAUUCAGGAGGGUGAGAUUGAGAUCCCUGAGAACUGAGCAUCUCUCUUGUCUUUUUCUUUUGUUUCGUCUUAUCGUUAGAUGAUGCUGUCUUGUUUUAAUUACAAUGACUCGAGUUUUGGAUUAUUAUUAUUAUCUCCGUUGAAAUGGUUUA